AUGUGGCUCAUUAAUACCGAUACUCUGAGGCUCGAGUCUGUGGUGAACCCCGAAACCGUCGAGUAUGCCAUCCUCUCUCAUACCUGGGAGGAGGAAGAGGUCUCGUUCCAAGAGUUUCAGGACCUUGGAUUCGCCAGAACGAGGAAAGGAUUUGCCAAGAUAGAGAUGACAUGCCUUUUCGCCAAGAGCCAAGGUUAUCGCUACGCCUGGGUCGAUACUUGCUGCAUCGACAAGUCCAGCAGCGCUGAGCUGUCCGAAGCCAUCAACUCCAUGUUUCGCUGGUACAAGGAUGCGCAAUACUGCUACGCAUAUCUCUCCGACUAUCACCAGACCACCGUCGACUCAAGUUUCGGUCGUUGCAGGUGGUUCACUCGCGGAUGGACGCUGCAGGAGCUCAUCGCGCCCAGGUUUCUUACUUUUUACAGCCGGGAUUGGGAAUCUCUCGGCUCGAAGAUUGAGCUUCACGAGGUUAUUUCCAAGAUUACAAGGAUCGAUUCAGACGUUCUGCUGGGCGAACGUGAUAUCAGCACAAUUGACGUCGUCUAUCGUAUGUCGUGGGCGGCGGGGAGGGAGACAACAAGAGCCGAGGACAUUGCGUAUUGCCUGUUUGGCAUCUUUGAUGUCAACCUACCAAUGCUCUACGGCGAAGGGUCAAAGGCCUUUUUGAGAUUGCAGGAAGAGAUCUGCCAACGGGUCGCCGACCUCACCCUGUUCGCCUGGAAAACCGACGCCGAUGAAGGUGCCGAGAUUCGGGGCAUAUUCGCGCGCAGCCCCAACGAGUUCGCGUACGCUUCGUCUGAAGGCUCCAUGUACAGGCUUUACUCUGGAGACGUGCGCGUGUCGAACCGGGGUGUCAUCUUUGACGAUAUGGAGCUCCUGGUUGUCAAGGGACAAGGGCUUUUUAUGCCCCUGAACCUGUUCAAGGAGACGCCGGAUUGGACCGGUGCCCAGGGGGGGAUAUUUCUCGAGAAACUUCCAGACGGCUAUGCCAGAGUCAAGACCGACCAGCUGUUCCAGACUAAGCUUGACGAGCUUGACGAGCUUGAAGGAAGAUGGCUGCCCCCAGAACAGAUCAACGUCAUUUCCUGGGGGAGUGCAGCCACAAGUCUGGCCUCGUCUAUGAUUCAUGUGUCCACUUCGGGCCCCUUCCGCAUAGUCAAUGUCUGCCCAAGAAGACAAUGGGACCCAUACAGAGAGGCCUUCAUACACACGGCGCAGGGCAUGGUAGAGCUGGAUGUGGACCUGGGCAAUGGCCAGUCCUGCCCCCUGCUGGUCCUCUUCCACCUUCUAGGAACCGAAGUCGUGGUGCAGCAUGACAUUGUCGAGAGGAAAUGGGCAAGCUGGUCAAAUGCCAUGGCUAGCAUUGGGAAGGCUGAUCUCCGUCAAAUUGCGAGCAGGGAACUGGCUGGCCAUUUCUAUGAACGAGGGCAGGACAAUCUGGGAGAAGUCGAAAAGAUUGAAGAUGGUUGGCAAGUUCGGCUGUCUCGACCGAGCGGCCAUUGGCCCUUCAACUAG